UCCGGUGGCGGCGCCGCUCGGGAGGAAGCGCCGGUCGGCCGCAGGGGCGGAAACGGGGACGCCGCUCUAGCCGCUCUGGCCUUUGCAGCCUCCUCUCCAGGACUCGGGGACCCGCCGCUGCCCUCACCCCCAAACUUACCAGCCUCCUGUAGUAUGGAUGAGGAGAGCCUGGAGGCGGCCCUGCAGACCUACCGCGCACAGCUGCAGCAGGUGGAGCUGGCCCUGGGUGCUGGCCUGGACUCGGCUGAGCAGGCGGACCUGCGCCAGCUGCAGGGGGACCUGCGGGAGCUGAUCGAGCUCACAGAGGCUAGCCUGGUGUCCGUCAGGAAGAGCAAGCUGCUGGCCACACUGGAUCAAGUGCACCCGUCCCAGGAGGAUGCCGAGUACCUGGCUUUCCAGAAGGCCGUGGCGGAGGGAGUGGAGGUACCCGUAGCCCCAGGGGCAGAGCCGGAGCCCGACAAACCUGCGCAGGAGAAGGAGGAGGGGGAGGAGGACGAGGAGGAGGAGUUGAGUGGGACAAAGGUGAACGCCCCCUACUACAGCCCCUGGGGCACCCUAGAGUAUCACAACGCCAUGAUCGUGGGCACGGAACCGGCAGAGGGCGGCUCGGCAGCUGUCCGGGUGCUCUACCUCUACCCCACGCACAAGGCCCUGAAGCCCUGCCCGUUCUUCCUGGAGGGGAAGUGCCGGUUCAAGGAGAACUGCAGGUUCUCCCAUGGGCAGGUGGUCUCUGUGGAUGAGCUCCGCCCCUUCCAGGACCCGGACCUGAGCUCCCUGCAGGCCGGCUCUGCGUGUCUGGCCAAGCACCAGGACGGCCUCUGGCACCCCGCACGGGUCACUGAUGUGGACAGUGGCUGCUACACAGUCAAGUUUGACUCGCUGUUGCUGAAGGAGGCUGUGGUGGAGGGGGACAGUGUCCUGCCCCCCCUGCGCACGGAGGCCGCAGAGCUCUCUGACUCGGACAGCAGUGAUGCUGAUGAUUCCAGCCACGGCAGAGUCGUGGACGUGGGAGCUGCGGACUGCGGGAGCUGCAGCUCUGCCUUCGCCGGCUGGGAAGUGCACACACGGGGCAUUGGCUCCCGGCUUCUCGCCAAGAUGGGCUACGAGUUUGGGAAGGGUCUGGGCCGCAACGCCGAGGGCCGGGUGGAGCCUGUCCACAGUGUGGUGCUGCCCCGAGGGAAGUCACUGGACCAGUGUGCAGAGGUCCUCCAGAGGAGGCCAAAGGGUGUCGGGGCUGGUAGGGCCCCACGCCCAAGAAGCCGGGGAAGGGCAGGUGGGCCCAGGGGCCGCCCACCCCCUCGCAACAUGUUUGACUUCCUGAACGAGAAGCUCCAGAGCCAGGCUCCAGGGGUCCCAGAGGCUGCAGCUGCCCCAGGAAGUCAGAGCAGCAGGGAGACCUACCACGCCAGCGAGGGCUCCAGGAGGGCCCUGAGCCUGCGGCUCUUCCAGACGGAGGAGAAAAUCGAGCGGACACAGCGGGACAUCCGGAGCAUCCAGGAAGCCCUCGCCCGCAAUGUGGGCCGGCACAGCGUGGUGACCGCCCAGCUGGAGGAGAAGCUGGCCGGUGCCCAGCGGCAGCUGGGGCAGCUCCGGGCCCAGGAGGCAGGGCUGCAGCGGGAGCAGCGGAAGGCAGAGACCCACAAGAAGAUGACGGAGUUCUAGAGCACCUGCCCGUGGGCGGCCUAGGCCCCUGCGCCAGCCCUGCUCCUGGCAGCUCUCGGGAAAGCCAGCUGUCACCCCACCCGCCAGGGGGCGCCCGAGGGGGCACUGGCCCACCUCCCCCACUUCUCACUGGGCCACAUGGACACUGCUGACUGGAAAACGGGGUGCAGGGCUGUCUCUGGACACUUAUUUGCCACCUCAGAAGUCUUGGGAGUUCCCUGAAGCAAGAGCAUUAAAGUGGUUUCAUUGGGA